UUUGAGGUUAUCUUUGAAAAUAAUUUGUUUUCGUAAUGGGAGACUCCAGCACUUCUUUCAAGCCGAAAAUCAGCGGUACUGCUCAAGACCCAGUGCUGAAACAGGCUGAAAUAUCUUAUAUGAAGUUGAUAGAGGAGAAGAACCGUGAACGUGUUCUAAGGUUGCAACAAAUUGCUAAGAGAAAUAGAAUUACUGGAUGUGCUAUUGGAGCCGGAGUAGUCAGUGUGUAUUUGUACUCGAUAUUUGCCGUGAAACAAGAAACUUUCCUGGACGACUUCAACGAACCCGUCAAGGUAGUACAGCAGUAACAUGGCUGCGGCGAAGAGCGCUAUGCAGAUAAGAUUACCUCCUCUACCAAGUAUUAAAGAUGUUAUUCGACUCUAUAAACUUCGUGCUCUCAGGGAGCUAUCGCAAAAUUUCUUAAUGGAACCUCGUUUAAUUGAUAAAAUAGUGAACGCUGCUGGUAAAAUAGAAAAUCAUGUAGUCUGCGAAGUCGGCCCAGGCCCGGGGGGAAUAACUAGGUCUAUUAUCCAAAGAGCUCCCAGAAAAAUUGUCUUGAUAGAAAAAGAUCCUCGAUUUAUACCAUCUCUAGAGCUAUUAGCGGAUGCAUGUAAGAAUAAAGUGGAUGUGGAUAUUAUAA